AUGGCCAAGGCUGAUAAGACGAUAGAAACACCUAUUUCGAAACAUGAUCUUCACGAUGCUCAAACGUUGAAUGAAGCUACAACGAGGUCGGCCAAGAACAACAGUCAAUACAGAAAUAAAGCGCGAGACAUGAAUAAGGUACAGGUCAAGACAGAGCCCGGUACGGAGCCUGGUACGGCCGGUACAGGGAACAAAGAAGAUAAUAGCCUUAACAGCGAAGAGUCUAGUGAUAGUGGGACGGAGGGUGAACAUGAUAGUGAUUUUAAAUGUUCAGAAGAUGAGAGCGAAAUAAAACCCAGAGUUGCCAAAACUCCGGCCAAGAAGCCCUCACGAAAUCGAGCCGCGCCAGCAAAAACUGCUCAAGCUAUAAACAAGGAAGCAUCUAAGAGACCGAAAACAAUAAACGCUAGUUCCGGAUCGGAUUUGUUUGCCAGUCUCACUCAUCUAAUGUUUGGUGGAUUUAGUGACGGUGGGCCGCCAGCUCCGGCAAUGCCCGAGAUUAAUGCGCAUACGCACCAGAAGCAGUUUGUGUUAUUAAGAGAUAGUAUUCCGAAGGGAGCAGACACUCGUCGAACCAAGACCCAGCAUCGGGAUCUCAGGGAAGCGGCGAAGCUGUUCGGAUACAAGAAAGUGAAGGCAACGUCUGGAAAUUGGCUGCUGCAGGGGAUGGAAACUCCUCUUUACGGAUAUCAACUAACUGCAGCAGCUUGGAUGCUGAAGAGAGUGUGCGAUAGAGCGCAGCCAUUUGGUGGAAUGAUUGCUGAUGAAAUGGGGAUUGGCAAAACCAUUACAAGCCUGGCUUGCGUCGUAGGGAAUCCGCCGGAAGCUGAAGACUUGAAAACUUAUACCAAGGGCACAUUGGUCAUUGUACCAAACGUUAGCAUUGCGAACCAAUGGCGGGAGGAGGUUAAGAAGCAUUGCAGCGAUGACUUCGGAAAGACUGUCAUGAUACAUCAGUCAAAAAAUCAGGCACCAGCCGUAUCAUACCAAAAUCUAAUGAUAGUUAUUACAACCACGAACGAAGUCCUAGCGUACUAUCGAAGGCUUCAAAGUGGCAAGAAACACGAAGACGAAGUACUUGGUUUCAAUUGGUACAGGAUCAUUUUAGACGAGGCGCAUAGCAUCAAGAACUUGAAGAGUCUUACCAAGCAGUCUAUGUGCACUUUAAAGGCGAAACACCGUUGGGCCCUAACUGGAACACCCCUCUCAAACUCUGCUACUGGAUUUGAGGUAGAAGAGCGUAAAAAGUGCUUUGCCAAAGAGUAUAUGGACAAGAACAAAGCAAAUAAGAAGCUUGAGGCUCUCAUUUCUAGCUUCAUGUAUCGAAGAACCCAACGUGACACGUUUCUUGGUCACCAGAUUGUCCCUAUUCCUCGCAGUGAGACGCACGACAUUUGGGUUCCCCUGACAGUUGAAGAAGAAGCCAUCUACAUAUUUAUGAAAAAGCUGUCUUCAAGCGACAUGACUGAAUCCGAUGAUGAACAAGAUAAAAUUGAAUCCGAGAAAGAAGUGGUACAACAACAACAAAGAAAGAGGCAUAUGUCCUUGAGACGUCUAAUUUCACAUCCGUAUAACAUCGAGAGACUUUUGCGCAAUUUUGAAGAGGCCGCCCAAAUCCAGGAACUUCGCGAUAGUAUACGGCAAGUUACGGGCACUCAAACAGUUCUUCAACAAAUUCUUUCUCAAAAUGAGGCAAAAUCAAGCUUGGAAAGAUAUAAAUCGGGGCUUACUCAAAUGAGAACUUAUACUAAUACCGCAUUCGGGGGCAUCUUUAAGUUCGACGAACACCUUGCAGCCGUUCAGGACGAACUGAAGCUCAAGGAUAUGGAAUGCAUCAAGUGCCAGUCAUCUGACCUGGAAAUGCCAAUGAUAAUACCAAAGUGCGAUCAUAUUUACUGUGGCCAUUGUUAUGACCAAAUAAUACAAUCCACGAGGCUCUGCAAAACGCCAAACGAGGUUCCAUUAACUUGCGUUGCAGAUGGAUGUAAUAUGCCUUUCGAAUCUGCUAAAAAGCUGAAGACAAUGUCAGCCGAGGUGGACGAGGCGCUAAAACUUGGAAACUAUCCUGAUACAGACGAUAAUAAGGUCACCCUGGCACGAAAGAAGGACCAAAUUGGUUUCUUCAUCUCCAGCUAUACCACUCCAGGUCUUUCGAUGGUACCAAACUCCCGAUUGACGACUGCAAUGACCGUGUUGUUAAGCUGGCGAGCCGACUAUCCGGACGACAAGAUCAUCGUGUUUACUCUGAAUGUGACUACCGCCAAAGUGCUGGGGAGUAUGCUCAAGCAUGCCCGUAUUGGAUUUGUAUAUUAUUUCGGAAGCAUGGGCGACAAAAAGAAGAAGAAAGCUUUAGAGAUGUUCAAGAAAUCUCCAACUACAAACGUCUUUCUCUCAGGCCUAAUGGCGGGCGGGCAAUCACUGAACAUUACCUGCGCUAAUCGAAUCAUUAUUAUCGACCCGUGGUGGAAUGUGACGUCCGAGCUCCAAGCAGCAGGACGUACUAGCCGUAUCGGACAGACAAAGAAAUGUUAUGUUGUGCGAAUAUUCACAUCAGCAGCGACGGAUGCACGGGUAGCAGAGCUGCAGAAAUCCAAGAGCGAGGAGGUUGACCAUGCCCUGCAGGACGACGGCCACGUACCUCAAGAACUAGACUACCAAGAACGCCUCGAACUCUUUGAAAGAACUCGGGGUUGA